AUGAGUAGCAAUAAGGGCAAUGGGCGCUUGCCGUCAUUAAAAGAUUCUUCAUCUACCGGAGGACCUGCAAAGCCUUCAUUAAAGUUUAAGCCAAAAGCAGUCGCUAGAAAAUCUAAGGAGGAGAGAGAGGCAGCCGCAUCUAAAGUGAAGCUGGAGGAGGGCCCUAAGAGAGACAAGAAAAACUUCAAUAACAGUAACAGUAAAAGAGUAAACGGCAAUGGUGGACAACAAAGGCGAAUGGCCAAAUAUUUAAAUAACACACAUGUUAUUUCCAGUGGUCCCUUAGCUGCUGGGAAUUUCGUCAGUGAGAAGGGUGAUCUCAGAAGAGGGUUCAUCAAGUCCGAAGGAGGCGGAUCAUCCCUAGUGCAAAAAGGUUUAGAGACCAUUGACAACGGUGCUGAAAGUUCGGAUAACGAAGCGGAAGGUGACAGCAAUGGAGACGUAGCGUCCAGGUCUAAGAAGAAGUUUAAUAUGGGGAGGGAAUUUGACGCUCACAAUCUUAUAGAGGUUGAAGAAGAAGAGGAUAGUGGAAAAGGCAGUGACGUGGAUAUGGAUGACGAAGCAUGGGGGACUAAAAGGAUUGAACAGUUAUUCCCUGUCAGACCCAUUCGUGUAAGACACGAAGAAGUGGACACUGUUAAAAGAGAAAUACAGGAAGCUCUUUCAGAGAAGCCAACCCGUGAGCCCACCCCAGGUGUGAAAAUAGAAUCUUCUAACACUGAAUUACAAUCCUAUUUGGAAGAGAGGGAAAAGCAGGUCAAUGAAAAACUAGGAGAUCUUGAACUUCAAAAAGACUUUCAGUCGGUCGACGAAAAGGAAAGUGCUGCUGAACUAGAACUGCUAAAGGCAGACCACCAGCAUAUAUUAAGGAAGUUGAAAAAAAUGGACAGCAAACCCGAAAGAUUCAUGGUAUUCCAGUUACCUACCAGGCUACCAAAUUUCGAAAGACCGGCCGUGAAGACAGAGGAAGUUGAAGUGGAAGCACAAGCCAGUGAUGCUACAAAAAAGAAGAAGACCCUCAAGAAAAAGAGCACGACAAACGUCAUACCGAGCGAUGAAUUAGCUGGUAAUAUCGGGGCCAUCAGGGUCCACAAAUCGGGGAAACUUUCUGUGAAAAUUGGAAACGUGGUCAUGGAUAUUGGCAAAGGCGCCGAAACCACAUUUUUACAAGACGUUGUAGCAUUGAGUAUGGCAGACGAUUCAUCAUCAGCUGAACUUCUAGGCCGUGUAGACGGUAAAAUAGUAGUUACGCCUAAAAUCUAA